AGCAGCACUUCUCACUUCCCCAAACUCUCUGACCGGACAUCGCGGCGGGUCGCCGGAGGACAGAUGAGCAAGAAGAUGCUUGCCUUGCUCAGUGUCCUCCUGCUCUCAUCACAUGUCCUUCCUCUCGUCCAGUCACUGCAGUGCGAUGAAAGAACAGAGUAUUUGGACGGCAACCGGUGCUGCAAAAAAUGUAAACCAGGGGAGCUUAUGAUGAAGAAAUGUGAAGGAAAAACUGAAACUGUGUGCGAGCCAUGUGGAAAUGGCUACUUCACGGACGACUAUAAUAUCAAUUACCAAUGGUGCAAACAUUGCACGACGUGCACCAGGGAAAAUAUGAAGUAUAUGAAGGACUGUACGGUGACAAGCGAUGCAAACUGCACAUGUGAAGACGGCUACAGAUGCAGUGACAGCAAAUGCGAGUCGUGUGAGAAAAUUCAGACAACUACUGUUACUACUCCUCCUUCUACUAAAACAAUAUCGCCCACCCAUGAUAAUGUGUGGAUCUCGGUGAGUCUGUGUUUUGCGUGUGUGUGUGUGUGCGCUCUGCUCACCUGUUUCCUUCUCAUCAGCAGACAUGCACGACCAUGUGGACGGAUCAUGUCGACAUCAAUCGGUCUCUGCUCCUCCGACAAGAGCAGCCUUGGUUCCAGUCAGUGCACAGAGGAAGAGGAGGUACCAAUGCCAGUGCAGGAGGUUUGUGGAAAGACUGAAAAACUGGAGGAUGUCUGAGAAAAGAGCAGGAAGAAGACCGCUGAUUCGUCUAUGGAUUGAGUAUUUACUCUAAUACAAACCUGCUGCUGCCAUUUACACAAGAGAAAAUGUGCACUCAUCAGGUGGCCCAUAUGAAGGUUCUGUGAGAAUGACUGUCCUUCGUGAGAAAUGCUGAGAUAGAGAGAGAUUUGA